AUGAGACUGCCAACAUCACAGCCGCCUCUGAAAAAUUCUGGUCUAGAGUCAUUGGGCUACUCUCCUGCUGAUCCAUUUGGGAUCACGACCGAUGCGCCUGGGCUUCACAAAGCACAAGUAUCCUCGUCAAAAGAAGCUUCUCCUCAACCUCUAUGGCAUUAUAUUGCUGCUGGUAUCGUUGGGAGUGGGUUCAGUGAUUCGGUGAUGCAUUCGCUUGAUACCAUCAAAACCAGACAGCAAGCUGCUCCAGAUGCCCUCAAGUAUCAAAACACAAUUAAGGGUUACGCCACUAUUUGGAGAGAAGAAGGCUUUUCUAGGGGUCUAUACUCUGGGUACGGUGCAGCGAUGUUGGGAUCGAUUCCUCGUGGGGUAACUUUCUUUGGUACUUAUGAAUACCUCAAGAAGAAGCUCAUUAAUGAAUGGGGGGUCAAUGAAACCGUCACCCAUUUGUUUGCAGGUGUUAUGGGUGACUUGGUCACUAGCAUUACGUUUGUGCCUUCUGAAGUCUUGAAGACUAGAUUGCAGACACAAGGUAGAUACAAUAAUCCUUAUUUCCAAAGCGGAUAUAAUUAUAAAGGUUUGGGAGAUGCCAUCUCUAGCUUAAGUAAAGAGGCUGGAGGCUGGAGAAAUUUCUACUCUGGUUACAAGGCAACAUUAAGUAGAGAUUUACCAUUCAGUGCCAUGCAGUUUGCAUUAUAUGAGAAAUUUAGAAAAUUGGCCUUUUCAUUCGAAAGACAGUAUGGAAUUGGGAAUGGAAAAGAAUUAGGACUAGUAUCAGAGCUUUUAGUUGGUGGUGCCGCGGGGGGAAUCACUGGUAUUUUGACCACUCCACUAGAUGUAUGCAAAACAAGAAUCCAAACCCAAAAUCCAGAUGAUGUCAAAAAAUCACGGACCAUUUUAAAGAGCUCGUCAGUGAUUAAAGGUAUUAGCACCAUUUAUAAAAACGAAGGGUUUGCUACCCUUUUCAGUGGGGUUCAGCCUAGAUUUGUUUGGUUAUUUGUCCAGAGUAGUAUAAUGUUACUCGCUUACCAAGAGGUCUUGAAAGUUAUCAACGACAGUACAAAACAAAAGGGCUUACAAUCUUAG